AUGCAAGUAUUCUAUAUUCUUGGUUUCAUAAUUUCAUUAUCGACAUGUAUUCAAGCAACAUUGGAUGCUAAGGUGGGCAAAUGUUUAAGUGAUUUAACAACAAAAGAAAUUACUAUUUCACAUAAUUAUCUUCAAUUAUCAUCAAAAUUCGGUACAGCUAAUGCUUAUCCAGGUUUUUCAAGUUUAUUUACUAAACUAAGUGAUGAAGAUUCACAUAAAAGUCAUGAACUUGUUAAAUUUAUUGCUUUACGUAAAUUUAAACUUGAUCGAUUAAUUAGCAAAGAUGGUAUUAAAAUUCAUAAUGAUUUAACCGGUACAUUCGAUAUUCGUGAAGGUUUAAAAGAAGCUCGUAAGCAAAAUAAAGAUUUAUGGAAAGAAGUUACCGGUUGUCAUGAUGCCGCUGAUAAGGAUGCAAAUGUUCAAGAUUAUCUUGAAUCACAUUUGCUUGAUCAUCAUAUUGAAAUUGAUAAACUUUUAGCUGAUCUUGAACAUCGUAUUGAUGAUGCUCGAGAUACUGACAAGAAAUUAAUCACAUUUAUGAUUGAUGAAGAACUUUUAGAAACAUAUGGUGAUCGUCGUAAAGAUAUUUUUUCAUAA